AUGACACCACCCACCCUCCAAAUCAGCCUCCGCAACACCUCCACCGCCCCCCAAAUCUACGCCUACAUAACAGGUCUCUCCCUUGUCCCCUCAACACUAAACCAACGCUUCCUCCUCCAAGCCGACGGCCAAACACCCUAUUUCCCGUCUUCCCCCUCCAGAAAUGGCGUCGCUCUCGCGGCCGACUGUGGGAUCCCGCUUGGGGGGCCGGGAACGGAACGGAUGGUGAGGAUUCCGUGGUUAGCCGGGGGGAGAGUGUAUUUUUGUUAUAAUGACCGGUUGGUUUUUUUGUUGAAUCCUGGGCCUGGGCUUGUGAGUUUUUUUUUGGUUGUUUUUUGUGGUGGAGUGGAAAGAGGGGAGGGGGGAAAGGGGGGGGUUUGGAGAGGUGAUAUGAAGAUGAGAUGAGAUGUUAAUAUGAUAUAUAUAGGUCGAACCAUCAGUCUCCAANGUGGAGUGAAAGAGGGGAGGGGGGAAAGGGGGGGGUUUGGAGAGGUGAUAUGAAGAUGAGAUGAGAUGUUAAUAUGAUAUAUAUAGGUCGAACCAUCAGUCUCCAAUCCUUCCGAUCCCAACUACACCAAAACAUGGGGCUUCUGUGAAUUCACCUACAACACCAGCCAACUCUUCGCCAACAUCUCCUACGUCGACUUCGUCUCCAUCCCCAUCUCUCUCUCUCUCCUCUCCUCCUCGGGCGUUACCCAAACCGUCCUCGGCCUCCCCUCCAACGGCGUAGACCUCAUAGCCAAUGACCUCAUCGCCCAAAGCUCCACCGACGGAACAGGCUGGAAAAACCUAGUAGUGCGCGAUACCUCCGGAACCGUAACGCGGGUUCUCAGUCCCAAUACAGCACACGUGAUGGACCCCAGCUUGUUAAAAGGAUACUACGACGACUACGUAAAUGCCGUAUGGAACAAAUACACCACCCAACCCCUCGUCAUCGACACGCAAGCACAAUGGGGUCUCCAAUCCGGAACCAUCAUCUCCAACCUCCUCACCUUCCCUCAAAUCGGCUCUUUCGCUAAACCCACCGCCACAGACAUCUUCUCCUGCUCCACAGGCCCGUUUGCCGGGUCAGCCACCAACACCGUUGCGAUGGGUGCGCUGACGGCGAGGAUCGCGGCGGCGUUUAAUAGGAGUACACUCCUACUUGAGGGGAUGGAGCCGAAGGGCGAUGUAGGGCUGUUUUAUGGGGGAGGUGUGACGAAUGUUUAUGCCAGGUGUGUGCAUAGGAGGAGUCGGGAUGGGAGGGGGUAUGCGUUUCCUUAUGAUGAUGUUGCGGCCAGUGGGCAGGUUGGGGGAGAUCAGGCGGGGACGGUGUCGGAUGGGAGGCCGGUGCUUUGGAGUGUGAGUGUUGGGGGGUGGGAGUAGGGCGCUUGUUUUGGAUUCUUUUUGUAUUUUUCUUUUUCUUUUUGGAGGUUGAGGGCGGGUUGAUGGAUGGGUUAGACUGGAUGGGGUUGGUAGAUACGGGAAUAUGGAUUUGGAUUUGGAUUUGGAUUGAGUGGUAUGGUAUUGUAAGUAAAUUUUCAUCGUUCUCUUAGAUUGGGAUACGGAGUUUGGCAUGUUGUGAUAAUGACUUUCAUCACUUUCCCUUCUUUUUGUAUAUUUGUCGGUCACGGGUUAGUAGAGCACAUACAAUAUCACAACCACAAGAGGAGAGACAUGAAUUAUACAUACAAAGGCGCAUAUAUAC